AGAGCCGCGGGCAGCCCCCGGGCGCGUCCUGCGGGAGAACGGGGUGCGGGCUCCGCAGUGUCCCCGUGCCGCAGGCAGCCAGGGAAACGGGAGAGGGCCGGAGCGCUGGGCUGAGGACAGGCAGCAGCUGAGUCGGGAAACGUGGCCAGCGGUAGCGGCCCGAGGCUGCAUGGCAGGGCAGGACGAAACGGGACACCAGUGCGCAACGCAGACCCAAGAAUCCAUCGCUGGUGCUGGGCCAUCCUGGGGGAAUGGGAGGAGCCCCUUCGGAGGACAAUAAACUCUGGAAUGAGGAAAUUGUAUUUUGAAGACAACCAAAGGGAGAACGUGUUCUGGGUGUGGCUGCAUGUGAUUUACCCAAUAGCCAAAGUGGGGGGGCGCCGAAGGGGAAAAACAGAGCGUCUGCUGCAGGGAGUGGAAGCUGAGGGCUGCAGGAUGAAGACUUCUGGAACCUGUAUACUGUUUUGUGUCUUAACACUCUUCUUGUCCCCAGCUGACUGGUUUCCAUGGAUGGUCAAUGGGCAGGAACCAGAAAGUGCAACUGGUGGAGUUACCCCUGACAGCAGCUCUGGUGCAGCUGUCACACCACCUGGGCUUCUUCCUCCUGUUCAGUCCGACAGCGAAACAUCAACGGCUUCAUCAGACUGCCGUGAGGAAAAGUUCCCUUGCACACGCCUGUACUCUGUUCACAAGCCAGUAAAGCAGUGUAUCAGCUACCUCUGUGUUACAAGCGUGCGCCGCAUGUACAUAAUAAACAAGGAGGUGUGCACUCGCAUUGUCUGCAAGGAGAAUGAGGUCAUGCAAGAUGAGAUCUGUCGCCAGCUGGCUGGCCUUCCUCCUCGCCGUCUCCGCCGGUCCGGGCAGCCCCUGCCUCUCCCUUGCAGGCAGCUCCUGGAGCAGCAGCGCAGGCCUGACGCUCUGUGAGGAGAGCAGAAGGAGGAGAGAAGUCAUCAUCCACUACCUACAGUCCAAGACAAGUGCUUCUUGUUUGUGAUUCCCCCAUCAUUUCCUUCCUUCUAUGCAUUCUUCUCCAUCCCCUUCUCCAGGUGCUGCAGUGCACAGAGUACCCUCUCUGCUAGUCUGUCACGGUAGCUGUUGUGAUCCUUAUAAUCACUUGCUGAGGAUAUGGGAUUCUCCCCUCUUUUCUCUCACACUCUGCCUGGCAGGCCGUGAGCUGCUCAUUUCCCAGAGGUUCUUAUAAAUGUGCUGCACCUUCUCUUGCUUUGCCCCUGUAGAGAGACAGAGAUGGGGACAGGACAAAGUCCUCCCCAAUGGUACAGAUGCCCUAAGCUGCGUCUCAUCUCACCUUGAUGCCCGAGGACUCCUGCCCUAGAUUUCUUGCCUGGCAUCAGCAUGAGCUUGGAUGCGGUUGCCUGAACCUCUCCCAAGCCACCGAGUUUGUUGUGUGAUAGCACAUUCUCCUCCUUGUGUCUGCUGGCCUCAGGGAAGUGACAGAACUGGGAGAUGAGCUGUCCUUAACCCAAGGCAGACCUCACUGUCCCUGGGUGGCAACAGAUCAUUUAUAACUACCUUUGGGAAGUUUUUGUCUCAAGCCCAUUGCCUCCUCACACACAUCUGCUACCAAAAGGAAAAAUUCUGGAUUUGGUAUGGAAUUAUAUUUUUCUCAAGAAGAUUAUGUUGAGUCAGAGUGCUGCCUCUUCUACUCCUCCUCUCCUCUCCCCUGUUCUUGUCCCUCCCUUCCCACUGAAGACAUCUCUUGAUGCCUGUUCCAGGCAAGUUCUAGGGAGCAAUAAUUACAGCUGCCUCCACUCCUAAGCCCAGGAAGGCCCAUGAAGAACCUGUGUCACCUGACAUUACUGAGACCUUGCAAUGAAUUAUCUUGUCUUGGUGUCUUGUCUUGGUCUGGCUACCUCCACACUCUCCAGUUUCUGUGCCUGUUUUCAAUCUCCAGUUGAGUUCCUACCUCCUGACCGGGAAGCUCCUGCACAAAGCAGAAAGGAGUUGGAAAUUGGAAUCGGAUGAGGGAGCAGAAUCAUUAUCUGGGACUGCUGUUUAUCUGAGAGCUGAGAUUUUCCUGCAGAAUCUCUGACUGGGCUGACUUGCACAGAGCCAGGUGCUGAUGGGGAA